AGCAGCAGCAGCAGCUUCUUGCCGGCUGGGCGAUGCACUGAGGGGGGAGAGCUCCAAGCGCUCUGGAGUGGGUGCAGCUGAAAGCUCCAGACGUUGCAGAAUGAGUGCGUCAGAAACAGGGAGAGGAGAGGCGAGCACGGCAGGGGGAGGGACGCCGAUGAUGCUAUCAGGCGCCCAGUAGCAACGGCGAGAGGAGCAGAAGCAUAAACUGUCUGACCACAUCAAAUCCCCAGGGACUGGGAUGGCCUUCCCUGUGGACUUACUGGAAAACUACAGCCAUGAAGACCUGGAAAGUUCUGGAGAAGAUUAUAUGUCUGAUCUCAGGUGUGGGGAUCCAGAAAACCCAGAGUUCCUGUCUCUUGCCAGUAACGUCAAAAUCCCAAUUCGUCUGUCCACAAUAGGCUUCGUCCCCCUUUAUGGCGGAGAGGAAAGACACAAAGUCCUUGCUUUGUUUGCGCCAGAGGAUUCACUCACAGCUGUUGCCCUGCUCCUUGCUGAUCAGUGGUGGCCUAUUGAUGAUAUUGUAAGAACAUCUGUUCCUUCCAGAGAAGGACUUUUGCAGGUGAAAACCAUUGGAGAGAGAGUGGUCCUUUAUGUGCUAAAUAGAUUAAUUUAUCGCAAGCAAGAAAUGGAGAAAAAUGAAUGCCCAUUCCUCUGUCACGGUAGCCAUGAUUAUGCGAAAAUACUAUGGAAGAAAGGAGAGGCAAUUGGUUUUUAUUCUGUUAAGCUUCCAGGAAGCAUAUGCGGUGCCUUUCUAACCCAGAGCUACCAGCUUCCGGUCCUUGACACAAUGUUUGUGAGGAAGAAACAUCGAGGGAAAGAUUUUGGGCUCCUGAUGCUGGAAGAUUUUGUGGAUUCUUUCACAGAAGAUGCUCUUGGCCUGCGGUUCCCACUCACGUCUUUUAUGCUUGUUGCUUGCCAGAAGUACUUUGAACGGUAUCCAGGGGAUCAUGACCUUCUGUGGGAAAUUGAAGGCACUGGCAACUUUCACCAGCGGAAAACUGUAGCUAGCAUUUUGCAGAGAGAAAGUUUCAAAUGCAUAGAAGGCUCACAGAAAGAAAACAUCGGUUCCCAGGCUGAUGAAAGUUUUCUGCAGACUGCCGUGAACACCACAAGUGAGCAGGCAUCUGAGCCCAGGGAAACACAGUUAAGUGCUGAUGCUCAUAAAAACAAAGAUGGCUUAGAAGUAUUUGAAGGCACAUCCGAAGAACUUAAUGCUGCUCAGCUUUCUACACGAUCACGAGGCAAUAAUCUCAAACGUCCAAAAUUGGGGAAAAGGUUCCAAGAGCCUGAAAUUGUUGAAGAUGAAGAUAUAAAUGUUUUUCAAACACCAGAAAGCAGACCAGAACCUGAUACACGCGUAUCUGAAAGUUCGGAAGAGGUGAUGGAGAUGGAAGAAAAUGUGGUUGAAAGUGAGCAGGAGGUGUUAGUUGAAAACCAGAAACAACCAGCCCAAGAAGCACCACAGAUGUGUCCUGCAUCUGAGAAGCAAGAUGAUAAAGAGGAAAUGGAAGUGGAGCCACUCAACGGAGAGCUCGUGGAAGAUGCUAUCAAGGUCUCAAUAGUGGCUGAAGGACAAGCAGGAAGUGAAGCAGUGGAUGGAGAGUCAAAGCUGCAGUUGGAAAAUCCAGAGGAAACAACUUUAACCUUACUUGUCCCAUUAAUCCUUGAUUCGUCAGUAAAAUCCACUGAAGACAGUGAUGACAAUGUUUCUGAUAAGGUUGACAGUGUGGCAGAUGCAGAAGAGGAACAACAAGCAACACAAAGGAAAAGGACCCUUGUUCCAAAUGCAGAUCCCGUCGCUGCAGCCGAGAAGGAAGAACCCUCCAACAAUGGUCUUUCGAACUCUGUAGCAACCGCUGAGGCUCUGGAAGAUACCAUUUCUGAGAAUGUGUCUCCUAACACAACUUCCUCUGUGGAGGAGCAGAGUGAAGAAGGAGGUUCUGACACUCCAGAGGCCCCCGUUGUUCUAGGCCAGGGUGCUUUAAUGAUGGUUGAACUGGAGGAUAUCUCGUACUCGCAUCACCCAGAAGGGCAAAAGAACCAACUGGAUGAACAGUCUGAAGAGUCAGCUGAGCCCGCAUCUGAGAAAGCCGCAGACAGCAGUUCGGAGGAUGUGGAAAUCGAAGUGCCCGUAGUGGACAGGCGGACCUUAAGAAGGAAGGCCAAAGGAUACAAAGGACCACCCAAGAAAAAAGGAAAGCUCAUUUGAAAAGGGAAGAGGAGCAUUGUUUCCACCCAGUUGGAUCACUUUCCGCAUUUUUCUUAAAAAAACAAAACAAAAAAACAAAAACAAAAACAAAUUGAAACUACAUGGAACACCAGAACACACGUGUAUUCAAACACUGAAAUCACUCUGCAUUUCCCUGUUCAGUUAUUCGUUUUGUGUGUUUAACCACUAUAUGAGGAGAAUAAAUUUGGAGGUAAACGGUUAGUCUUUUAAAAAAAAUAGUAGGACCUAUUUUAGCCCAGUUUGUUUAGUCACAAAAAAAAGCUUUUCAUCAGGCCACAGUAGAGUUGUGGAGAGGCCAAACAAAUUUUGCGACAAGUUGUAAAUUACCAAGCCUUCUGAUGUGGCUUUUGAUUCGUAAGCCGUUAUUUACAACAGCUGUUCCCCUAGAAGUAAGUGCCACCUAUUGUCCUGUAUGUUCUUAUUAUGUGUACUUCUCUGGUUCUGGCUUAGAGAACAUGCUGUGAAUCUGCCCCUUGUGGUGUGGAAGUAGACACACCCUGGUAAAUUCAGCGGUAACUUUCAUAGGCUUAUUGGGAACAGAAGCUAUGACUAGUUAUUUUUCAAGACCUGGAGCAUUAUUUUGUAGCGAAUUAAAAUCCUGUUUUAACACAA